UUCUAUUCUUUAUACUUCUACUUCUCACAUUUUAGCACACGUAUCUGUACUUUGUAAUCCCUACAUUUGUAAAUCAGCCCCCCGCACGCGUGCUUUGGACGCAAGAUUACUUCAGAAUUUUGUACAUAAAUUAUAUUUUAGACCCUGUACUUCUUACUUCCACUUGACUAAAAAGUCGAGUCAAUGCUUCUACUUUUAUUUGAUUAUUUUUAAACAGAGGUAUCUAAACUGUAGUAAGGAACGUGUGUACUUGUGACACCUUUGGUUAGCGUCAACACUGUAAAUUUCGUCACAAAAAGAUUCAUAUAUUUAUCAACACUUCUAUUCGUUAUUCUAUUCUGUACGCUUUUUUUAUUGCCCAGAUUUUAGUUAGCCCCUGUUCAAUUGACUGUUAUAUGUCAAUAGAAACAUAUCUCACAAAUUAAAGUGUCUUGUUAAAUAUUUGGGGGGGGUUCAAGAAUUUUCUUCCCAAAUCUAUUACAUGCCAACUGUAAAUUGUUAUUUCAGCUAAAACCUUAACUUAAAUGUCUAUAUGGUGUUUAUCUGUUUUAGAUGCACACAUCAAUCUGGAAUUUGGGCUUAAAGCCAGAAUUGCAGCAAUGCAACACGUGUUGCAGAGGACUCUUUCACUGCCCUCUGUGCCCCACUUUCAGCCCUGCUGUAAAGACUGAGGAGCAUCUAAGUGUGCAUAUAAAAAAUGCUUUGUAUUUCAACGAUAAAAUGAUAUGCCGGUGCAGACUGCCUUGUAGGACAACAGGACGCUUUUGUAAGAUUACAAUCAUACGGCGUGGGGAUAUGGCAUUUAUUGUCUUGUCAGCAUUCUUCAAUGCCAAGUCAGCCACCAUCAUCAGGACUGCUCCCCACUGAACUCUUCAAGGAGCCCCGUCUCCCCCCCCCCCCCCCAAGGUUUUGUCUUCGACUGAUGCUCAGAGGAUGGACAUCAUAGUUCUCCCUCUCUGGACACCUGGUCAUUUCCAGUUGUGUGUACUGAAGCCACCUAAAAGAGAAAUCCUCUUUCUUGACCCAUUAUACACAAAGGCAGGAUUUGGUGGCCAACAAUAUGUUUCACUUUUGAGGAAUCUUGCAGUGAAGCUCAUUCCCGGGCAGUGGUCAGAAAAAAAGAGCUUUGACUUGAAGGGUUUUUCAAGCCAAGACUAUGGAGUUGACUGUGGGAUCUUCAUGCUGAUGUCUGCUCUGUACGUGGCACUGGAUGCACCAUUUGACUAUACUAUAUCAGACAUGCCCUACUUGCGUAAAUGGUGGUGCUUGCUGUUGAUGGAGAACUUUGAUCUCAGGAGCUCUGGCAAGCUAUUUGCACACUGGAGAGAGGAAGCCAAAGCUGUGCUUGAAGGACAACACGUGCCCAUUUUCAGACUGAAAAAGCGCACAUUCCAGGAAGUCAGUCAGGAGGAAGCAGUUGUUGAAGAUCUGCGUCCUGCUGUGCAGUGGGUUGUCCAAAAUAAGGCACUUUUCCGUGGACACGUAACAAUGCCAAAAUAUCUGUCCUUAAAUCAAGGGGACCAGCAGAAGGUCUUAAAAGACAUGUCAGAGGAAGAAGACACUGGAGCAAGGGACUUGUUCCUCUUUGUUUUUCAGUUUGCAGAGGACAUGGAGCUCUUUUUGAAAGCAUGUGCUUAUUCAAUUCAAUUCAAUUCAGUUUUAUUUAUAUAGCGCCAAAUCACAACAAAAGUCGCCUCAAGGCGCUUUAUAUUGUACAGUAGAUAGCACAAUAAUAAAUACAGAGAAAAACCCAA